AUGAACAAGCUGUUCCGCACGAUUUAAAAAUAAUCCGCGUGUCAGUGUCAUCUUUCUUAUGCAAAUGAGCUGUCUUUGAAGGCGGAUCUUUUGGCAGGUUAGACCGGGACGGAGGCUCCGACCAGCUCAGACGAGCGCUGCCACUAAACGCAUCAACUGCCUGCGUACGGGAGGAGCAUAAUCCUGCGUUUCUGGAACACAUUUAUUCUCAUCGCCGCGGAUGUUUGUUUGAUUUAUUGUGAUGACUGAGAAGUAGUUUCUGGUGCCUCGCGGGAAACCGUGGCCGCGUAAAGAGCUGGAGGAAAAUUAUUUUAGUUGCUUUUCCAAGUUGUCACACAGGGACUGGAUUCGCACUGGCACACGGACCGAUACUCCCGAAAAGUGUCAUGAAACGGGAAAAGGGGCCAGUGAGUCUUUUGGAAACAAGGAGGGAACAAAUCGAGACGCGAAGCCGUUCUUUUUUACUUACGGUGGACUGAUUUUUGCGGUGCGGGAGACUGAACAAGUCGCUCCAAAAACUGAGCGCUCGAAAGCAUGGACCUGACGGCACACUUGCGGCGAGGAAACAUUUUCGGACCACCGCGGGAUUUAUGCUGCUAUUAAAACGCCCCAAUCCUAAAAGUGAGGAAAGGAUGCUCUUGCAACAGAUAGUUGAGUAAGUUUUUCCACGUUGGUCAUAUACUCGUCUGAACCAGCUGGGUUUCAUCACUGACUUUUUAAUGAAAGAAACUUGAGGGUGGCGUUUGUGGUGAGCAUUUGGCCAUUAUUUUUCUUCAAAUUAAGAGGGGAGGAUGUGCUCCACUGUUAAGCUGAGCCUUAUCUGCGCGCUGCUGGUGCUGUGGAGCAGUGGCGGCUCAGCCAUCAGCUCAAUAGACCCUGACUGGUCCGGAGAGGGAAGAUGUCAACAUAUCAGCAUCCCCCAGUGCAAAGACAUCGGCUACAACAUGACUCGCAUGCCAAAUCUUAUGGGACACGAUGACCAAAAAGAGGCAACAAUAAAUCUGCAGGAGUUCGCCACGCUGAUACAAUUCGGAUGCCACAGUCACCUUAAAUUUUUCCUGUGUUCUCUGUAUGCUCCCAUGUGCACGGAGCAAGUGUCCAACCCUAUUCCAGCGUGUAGAGUUAUGUGUGAGCAGGUCAAGCUUAAAUGCUCCCCUAUCUUGGAGCAGUUUCAUUUUCCAUGGCCUGACUCUCUGGACUGCUCCCGCCUGCCUACCAAAAAUGACCCAAACAACCUCUGCAUGGAGGCGCCCAACAAUGGCUCAGACGAACCUCCCAAAGUCUCACACACUCAGCCUCCAGACUUCCGGCCUCAGCGGCCUAUGAGCGGCCAAGACCUGCACCUUAAGGACAGCAGCAGCAGACAGACGUGCAGCAACCCGGGCAAGUUUCAUUUUGUGGAGAAGAGCGAGUCUUGUGCCCCCAAAUGUUACCCAAAAGUGGAUGUAUACUGGAGUCAGGGAGACAAGCAGUUCUCUCUGGUGUGGAUGGCCAUUUGGUCCAUCCUCUGCUUUGUCUCCAGUGCCUUCACUGUUCUCACUUUCCUCAUUGACCCACAGCGAUUCAAAUACCCCGAGAGGCCGAUCAUCUUCCUCUCUAUGUCCUACUGCGUUUACUCUGUGGGCUACCUCAUUCGACUUUUCGUGGGAGCUGACAGAAUUGCCUGUGACAGGGACAAUGGGGUCCAGUAUAUUAUCCAGGAGGGCCUGGAGAGCACCGGCUGCACUAUUGUGUUCCUCAUCCUGUAUUAUUUUGGCAUGGCCAGCUCCCUCUGGUGGGUUAUCCUGACCCUGACGUGGUUCCUGGCUGCCGGGAAGAAGUGGGGUCAUGAGGCCAUCGAGGCCAACAGCAGCUACUUCCACCUGGCUGCAUGGGCCAUCCCAGCCGUGAAGACCAUCAUGAUCCUGGUGAUGAGGAAGGUGGCGGGAGACGAGCUGACGGGCAUCUGCUACGUGGGCAGCAUGGAUGUGAAAGCGCUCACCGGCUUCGUCCUCAUCCCUCUCUCCUGCUACCUUAUUAUUGGCACUUCUUUCCUGCUGUCUGGCUUCGUGGCCCUCUUCCACAUCCGGAAGAUUAUGAAAACGGAGGGAGAGAACACAGACAAGCUUGAGAAGUUGAUGGUUCGCAUCGGCGUCUUCUCUGUGCUCUACACCGUCCCAGCCACCUGCGUCAUUGCCUGUUAUUUCUACGAGAGGCUCAACAUGGACUACUGGCACAUCCUGGCAGCGGAGCAGAAGUGUGUGGAUAGCAGUGGACCGGAGUCAGACGAGUGUGUCAUGAAGGCUUCUAUUCCCGCCAUUGAGAUCUUCAUGGUGAAGAUCUUCAUGCUGUUGGUGGUGGGCAUCACUAGCGGUAUGUGGAUCUGGACCUCAAAGACACUGCAGUCAUGGCAGAAUGUGUUCAGCAGGAAGCUAAAGAAGAGGACAAGGAGGAAGGCUGCCAGUGUGUUCACCAGCAGCAGGCCUUACAUCAAACCUCACCCAUCUCUAAAAGGACCCAAUACCAAGUAUGAGCCUACACGGCCCCCUCCAACAUGCGUAUGAGCAGGCUGUCUUUGUACAAACCCAAAAAUACUUUGUGCCCUAUGUGAGACUUAAAUUGUUCGGAGUGGCAUCAAAACAAAUGCGGUUCAUGUUUUAUUUAUCCAAAACGCAUUGAAGAUAAUACAAUGUGGGUUUAUUUGUUUCUUGAACCAUGUCACGCAACAAGGGCUGCCUUUGUCUGAAAAAAACAUAUUCCGCUACUCCUGGAUUCACUUAUCCUAUUGAGGAACUUGGUAGAGAAAAAAAAAAAAAAUCUAAUUGCUCCCAAGACAAAAAUAGGAAUAAACCAUUUGGAUGUGCUAUGAGGAUACUUAAAUAAUGUGCAAUAGAUGUUUUCCUUACAGGCAAAAGACACUUGUACUGUUGGUGGCAGAUUACAGACAAUGAAAGGAGCCCACAGACAAUGGAGGCAAAUGGUCACAGACAUGAGUGUUGUGUUCAGAGGCUUUUUAAUGGAAAUCGAGGCAGUGUCAUAUAUGUUUGAACUGGACAGAGAGCAGCUGUUGAAAGACCUUACGAACUGCCCAUUGUGAGGCAAAUCCACGCCAUAAAUUAAUCAAGCACUCGAUAUUGAAAAGUUAUUUCUACACACAUUUUUUUUUCUUUGCUGUUUUAUAGCACAAGUGAACAUUUGUAUAUAUUUCUAAAAAAAAAACAACGACAACUUUGAGAUUUUAUAGAAAAAUUAAUAAAAACGUUCUAGUUUUAAAUGUUUGUGAAGUCGGUAUGGUGUAUUGCGACUGUGGUGUAAUUUUCUCUGCCCGCUCUCAUGCAGCCACAUAAAGGUGUGAGCUUCACUGUGCAGCCGUCAUUUUAAUACAUCAUAGAAAGCCCCAGCCAUUAAUCCGAAUUUGUAAAUGUGAUUGCAUGUCAGAGCUGGGUUUGAAAUGUAUUGUUCGUCCAGAGUAAUGUUUAGAAUAUUCGACACAAGCAACAAAAAGAGACAUAUUUUUUCUAUAGUGAUUGAUUACCGGUUUAUGGUUUCAACUCAGAUCUGAAGUGUGUGCAUUCUGUAGCUCAUGUAAUGGGGAAAUUUACAUUUGAAAAUAUUAAAACUAGAUGAGUAUUUUACUGUUGAAAACAAUCGAAUAAUAGCGUCAAUACUAUCAUCUUUAUUUUUUUAAGGGCCAAGACAUUGUAAGGGUUUCUGUCAUGAGGUCUUGAAUCUGUUUGUGCACAGUACAGUAAGACAACUUGGUCACUUUUUAAAUGUAUUCAUAUAUACAUAUCAUCCAGAAUAAUGAGGUUAUGUAGUAAUACACAAUGAUAUGUAUAAUAUUAGAUUGUAAAUCUAAAACACAAACUAUUUAUGGCAAAGAAAUGCUUAAUCGUUUAAUCUCAGGUUUGGUGUAGUAGCUUUAAAUUUUGCAUUUAGGAUACAAACUUGAAUGAAACUGCUUACAGUUAAUUAAUGGACCUUUUAGGCUUUUUGUUUACAAAUGAAAAGUGAAAAUUGUGAAGUCAUAAAUAGGACACAUUAGUGUUGUAAGUUUAAUUUUUUAUAUUGUGUAGUUGGCCAACCUGUUAAGGAUUUUGGUGAUAUUCCUCUGGCUUUGUGCUAGGUGUUUAUAUAGGUCUUUUUAUGGUUCUUCGUGUCAUCUGAAGUGAAUAUACAACUUUAUUUUAGUCCUCUCCUGCCUCUCUCGCUCUCUCCCUCUCUCCUUCUCUCUGUGUUGCAUGUGUCUGUGAGUAUCAGUGAAGAGGUUAUACAAUAAUCCAGCUCUCAUUCAGGACAGGAUUAGACUGUUUGAAGGGUUUGACUUUGAAAAGAGGAUCGCUGCGAACCAAAAUACAGAAUAUCUGUCAUCUCUUCUCUUCUUAUCAGCAGGGCAUAGUGACAUUUCUAAAGGCACAUCUGGUCUGGAUUUGAAGUAGUUACGUAUUGACUGAGGCCGUUUUUUUUUCUUCUUUUUUUUAAGCACAAGCAAACUGAAUAAAUUGUUUGCUACCCGGAGAUGUUUGGCGUUAAACGAUCCGUACGCUGUCAAAAUGUUAAUGCACUGUGGGCCACAUGUUUUGUCUUGAAUCCGAGAAACGGCAACUGACUUUUGUCUUGAAGGCGCUGUCAGGCCAGUGGGAAAACAGGGACGAUUAAGUAAUUGACAAGCAUUUAUAACCAUUUAAAACUCAAAACACAUUUAAAGAGAUUGAUAAAUUGUCUGAAGUUAAGUAAGUGUUACCCUUUUGUGUACUUGACAAUACGUGCACUUUUGUUCAAGCCCUUUUCCACUUUUACCUGCUUUCCUUUCAAACCUUUUUUUGAGAUUUGAAGGUUCUUCUUCUUAUGUGUACCAGAGAAGAAGAAAAAAAUGGCAUUUAAAACCGUAGAGAGUCCUCUCUGGUCUAAUAAAGUUUCAGAACUGUAGUAAUGCUUUUUAUCCCUGAGGGCAUUCAAGUUCCAGCAUCAACCCAACCCAUUUUAACAGUCAAAAGCACAUGACUCACAACCUCUAUGUGGCUGAAUCAAAGUCAGCCAGUGUCUAUUGAUACUCUGAGUUGCGAAAAAGGUGUGAGUGCUUCUGAGAGCUUCAACGGAGGCCACCUGGAUAACAGCCCUCGAGGUGUCUGGGAAGGCUGUAAAUAUAAAUGACAGUUACCACCCCCCUCCAGGGCUUCUUCAGCCAAGCAGGCUUCACUUCUCUUCUUCUCCUCUCUUCAAAGAGAAAUAUUCUUCUCGGAGCAAGGGCAAAGAAUUGAAGAAUUGCUAGCAAGCUUUUUUUUUUUUUUUUUGUAAAUCACGCUCAACUGUUUUUAGGCUUUUAGGCUUCUAUCAGUAUAGAUCUUAUUCUAUCAGAUCAUACAUUAUCAAACCAGCAGUGAAACAUGUGAUGCCUGCUGUUGCUUACCAUUAAAAUGACGUUCCUAGCACAGACCCGUUUUAUUUGGGCGAAGUGGGGAAUCCCGACGCAGCCAUGUGACUGAGGCUGAUGAAUCUCAGAACCACACAUCCUAAAAUUCCACCAGAAUGAAUGCCGUCACCCACAUGCUUAUCCACUCCCUGCCUCCCCUUCUUUCUGCUGUGCCAUGCAGGAGAUUGCAGUCGGCGUCUGCGUGUGAUGUGUCGACAAAAAGGAGCUUUCGCUUGUGAUCGGUGUUGUUGAAACGGCGUCAAACCUUUGAUAAUUACUUGAUUCAUUUUAAUCCGACUGGUUUUCCGGCAGGCCAGGAAUUUUCGGCUUUUCACAGGCUGCAAUUGAGCUGAUGUUAAGUGUCUUUGCGGAACAGAAUGAUCUCAUAAACAUAAAGCUGAAAUGCCAGAUCAAUUAAGGCGCUGUGUGUCAAAAGGCAGGUUCAGAGCGGGGAACCAUCGUCACCAGUCAAAACACUGAAACUAUGCUUCUUCGUGGAGUUGUUGAACGCAUGGCUGCGGAGACAUGUGUACCUUUUUGCGCUGCUCUUGCGAGCACUCAUAAAGUUCUCUGACACAGUGGCAUAAAUCAAGUUGCUGGGAUGACUGGCGGCUGAGGCAGCUUCUCUUUGAUCAGGCUUUGUGGAGACGCCCCAUGUCCUCAUCCUCAGCUGCUCCAGCAGCACCUGUUUACUAGUUCAGGCCUGUCUGUUUGGAAAGCAGUGCUUAGCCUCUCAAUGUCAUACAUGACGCACACACUCAACAUACACACAAAAGAAUUUGGCAGGGGUGAAUAGGUUUCCUCCGACAUGUAUGCCGCUAAUGUGCAGGACUUAAUCUUCUCUUGUGUCUCUUAUUAGACAGCUGCUCUUAAUGUCUUAAGUAUGUCGCAUUCUGGAGAGCUUUGAGAUCUUUGGCUGUACCAGGGAAUUGAAAGAUAAAAAAAAAAAAACACUGGCGCUUCGCAACAAAUACAAUGAGAGUUACUGAGAAAAAAAAAACUUUACAGCAAGAUCUGCAAGUUUCACAAGUGUUAUCACAGAAUGCAAUGAAAGAACUCUCUUAUCCCUGAAGUUCUUCUGGUAGUUCCGAUGAUUAUGGCUGAGGAAGUGUGGGUGGGCUUCAUGUUCUGAAUUGAUCUAUACAGCAAAGAAAGUAGGGCAACAUAAGAGUACAAUAUAUGUGCCCAAUCUGCAGUAACAGGCACCGGUAAUAGUUCACACACGCUCACCUCCCCGUCUGCUAGGCUAGGGAGACAGCUGUUCACAGUCACCACUAAAGGUGAGAGUAAUUAUAUAAAAUCCUGGCAACAAUGACUUUUCUUGUUGCAAGAUGGAGGCGGGGCCUUCUUCUUUUUUUUUUUUUUUUCAAAUGCAUAGUGAUCUGCCUCACAGGCCCUCUGCUGAUCAAACAAGUCUUUGAUAGUGCCUUUGGUUUGAAAGAGGACGGAAUAUGUUUAUUUGCAUGUGGAGAAGUGAGUGACUUUGAGGUGGAGAUUGGGCAGAUUAGUGUUAACUGACAGAGACCUGUGCAAACAGACGCUCCCCUUGAAUACAAACAGGCCGGUGGCUCACUUCCUCUGAGGACCUGAGCAUGGCAACUCUAGUUUUGUUUUGUUUUUCUUCAGAUUCUCUGGAUGCCAGCCUGACUCUGCUUUAUUCACAGAUUAGAGACGAGAAACCCGGCAACUUGCAGCAAUUUAUGAAAAUGUUCUCGUUUCAACCAGAACCACACUCACAGCGAGGAUCCCUCAUGUUUUACAGUAGUGAUACAUUUAUCUGAAACUAUCACACUGGAAGCACUGCACAGCAGGAAACAUAUGAAAAUGGGAUCACAAAUACAUUUUUAAUCAGUUUCAGUUGUGUCGAUCUCCUCAUUUACCUGAAACAAAUUCUAGUUGUGUAACUAUUGCCUUAACAAGGUAAUAUUUAUUCAACUUGGCAAGUAGGACGCAAUGCACAUGUUCUCUGGUAUCACAAUGGCGGAUAUGCAACAUUUAACACAAAACUGUCAGAUGUAAGGGAGCAGUAUUAUGAGUGGUGGUGGCACCCAGGGGCUGCAACGUGACUGAGAAGCCAAGAGAUUGUGUUGUUAGAGGGAUGUGAAUAGUGUGGUGUCAGCUGGAAGCAGCGUUUUCGCCACGGUGUCUUAGCAGCAGACUCUAAUCUGCCACCUUCCUAAUCCACGCCGCUAAGAGCUCUGAUCAUUUUAAAACACAGCAGAACACCAAGAGUGUCUUUCCUUUGUAUGGGGUACAUGCUCAUACCGACCGUGUGUGCGUGUGUGUGCAUGAGGUGUUGGUUGUGUGCGCGCGUGUAAAUAACCGUAACGUGCGUCGUUGCUUACGUCACAUGUAAGUGAUGUUUCUCUAGGAGAUGUGACGAAGGAUUGAUGGAGGAGAGGGGAGAGCGGGCACAACAGGAGGCUGUCUACAUGUGUAUAUGUUUGUGUGAGUUUACAGGCAGUAUAGGAGCUAUAGAGGGAGAGACGGAGGGAGAGGGAUGAUGAUGGAUCUGGCAGGGCUCAUGAACACUGCUGAGAGAAAAUGCCUGCGGUUCAAAGACACUCUCAGCAAACUUAACAAAGAAAGAUGGCACAGAGGGGGAGAACAUGAAAGGGAACCACACAAUCAACUGUCACAUAAACUGGGAGAAAAUAUCGCGGCCCUGCUGGCACAGUAUACUGAACGUUUGACUAUAUUUACGUCAACUGCAUGCGACAGAUUUUUUUUUUUUUAAAAAAAGCAGACCGGUUAUUUACGGUCAUUUAGAAUUAUUUUUCUCGUCUCAUACACAUCACAACCUAGCACAUGACAUAUUGAGAAACUCAAAAUUAUCCCUCUAAAAACCCCUAUAUCUUUUAAUUGUAAACUGACCACUAGAUAUUGGCUAUUCAUUAAGUUGAUGGCAAAGAAAUACAGCAGAAAUAAGAUUUUCUCCUGACUUUUGUACGGGGAGUAAUUGAAAUCCAGAUUCACUGCCUCACUUUAGGGAACGCUUGCAAUCUCGAUAUCAGAUGACAUGGUGAUUUAAAACACACAUCCUUACCAGACUACGUUUGUACAUCAACAAGUGGUAGAAGCAUCUGGAUGCUUUACUUGAGUAAAAGUAAAAGUAAUUGAUUUUAAGGCCCUUUUAUUGGUUUCUAAAGCUCUCGGUGGUCUUGGUCCAAGCUAUUUAUCAGAUUUGCUCUCUUAUCAUAUGACCCUCUCAGAGCCCUCAGGUCUUCUGGUAGUGGCCUUUUAAUGGUACCCGAAGUCAGUUAGCCUUUUAUCACUACGGUCCCCGUCUGUGGAAGAGCCUGCCUGAAGAUUUAAGGGUCGCAGAGAGUGUUGACAUUUUUAAAAGCAAGCUCCAGACCUACCUUUUCAGUUUAGCUUUUAAUUAAAUAUUAACUAUCCAUUCAUUUAUUUACUGGCUAUUCAAAUAUUUGAUCUCUUUUACUGUUUAAGUAGUUGGCAUUUUUAUUGUGUUAUUAACGGAUUUUUAUCACUUUCUCCCUUGGUUGCCUUUUAGCAUUUUUUUUUUAAUUUAUCUUUAGUGAUAUUUUUCCACGUUGUGCUCUUAUUCUUUUUUCCAUUUCUGCUAAUUUGGAAUUUUUAUUUAUUGAAUGAUUUUAUCUAGCAGUUCUUUCCUUACCUACGAUAGUAUUUCUAGAGUUCUUGGUACUGUUUUAACAAAUGCUCUUGUUUAACUGACUGCUGUUCUUAUUUGUAGUGCCUCACAGAUUAUUAAGUUGUGUGUCUGUCUCUGUAUGUUUGGGUUUGUGUCUGUGUUGGGGCUGGGGUGUAGAGGGUACAGGUGGGAUUAUCGUACAAAGUGCUUGGUGCAUUUUUUUUUAUGAAAAAUGCUAUGCAAAUAAAGUCUGCUUUUUGAUUGAUUGA